CGCUAAUUGCUCCAGGCGUCCCGGAUACUCGUCUCGCUCCACACGCUCACUGUGUCCCGCGAGAUCAUGUUCGGCUCACUGUUUUGCUUCGCUAUACUAGCGCUAGCGGGAGCGGAAUCCUUCUGUAGUGACAGCGUGCGGUGGUCGCACCGGGUGAACAUAGUCAACGCUUACGGGGUGUGGCACGGCGUAGCCUUCGCGCAGCACACCCCUGACAUGACGAAUAAGCCCCUGGAAGUGGGCUGCGUCACCCUGUAUAUCAGCGAUGCUACUGGCGAUUACCAAUUCGAUUGGCUCGAUUGGAGCGCGAGGCAAAGGUACAACGCCAGCAACUGGUGGUCCCUCAACCCGUGGGGCUCCACGCCGGGCCCGUGGUACCAGUCGCGCCGGCGCCGGGACCUGUUCCAGCAGCGGCGCAUCCGGGUGCUGUGGGACGAGGACGGCGAGACCAUGGAGCAGACCUACGACUACUCGCCCGAGGACCCGGGCCUGUGGACCAUCGAGCAGUGGAGGCCGGGGGAGAGGGAGCUCAGAGCCAGGGGUGUAGAUUUAUGGUAUCCCGAUGAUCCCCCAAGGCACCCCGAAGUGAUCCGCCUGUUAAAGUUAACCCCCGAUGAGAUGAUAAUCAACCACUGUACCGAGCUGGGGGUGGGUGGGAUAUUCUCGUUGAUCCUGCGGAGGUUUCCAGUCAAAGUCAGGCACUGGGAGAGGGUCGAAUGGCAAAAGUUCCUCAUGAGCUACGGGCUUAGCGACCCGUAUCGGUACUUAUCGGUGUGUGCGGCUUGUACUCCUGUUACGUCUCUUCUUUGCUUCAUUGCCGCUGCAACUUUGUUAAGAUUACUUUAAGUUAUUGUAUUUGUGUUACUUGUAUGACUGUAAAGUGGUCAAAUACGUUGGAUCAGUUGGCUCGUAUUUCGAUUCAUAAUAUGAACACCAAUUCUUACUGAUAUGUAAUUGGCAAAGUGAUACGUAACAGAUUUUAUUAGUUUGAUCGAUCGCGUCAAUUGGCUUUUAUGACCCACUGACCUGACGAUGAAAAUCAAAAUAGGUUUGUAGUGGAGUCAGAACUUUGCAAAAAUACGACCAGCAAAACCGAUUCAAUUAUUAUGAGUAUUAAACUCUUGUAAUAAUCCGAGUAUUAAGAUUAAAUACAAGAGUUUAAAAAUUGCUCUUUUAUUUUUCACCAUACCAACUGAUAAUUGAUAAAGACACUUUUCAUUCUUCAAAAACGGAUAGUAAACUACUUUUUGAAUUCUUGUGGAUAAAAUGCAACUUUCUUAUCCCUUUUACCAGUUGGGGUAAUGGUAAUAAUUAUUUUAUUGAUAUAAUCGUUGCAUUAAAUAAUACAUAUAUGUUUUGUCAGAUAAUUUGGAAUGAGGAGGCACACUGACAUUGUAUCCCGCCAGGUGGCGCCUGUGCAAGUGCCUAGGCAUGUCACUGUCAUUCAUAUAAUGUGAGAGACAGAAAAAAAGACAAAAACAUCAUCUUCUCGCUCUCACGUCUCAUUCAUUAUCUGUGAAAUGGACUAAUAAGUGCGUUUUCACAUUUAUCCGAUCCAAUACCGGAUGUCGGAAGGAUUCCAAAGACAAAAAUCAAAGAUGGCGGCUUUAAUGUAUGGGAUAUCGGUCCUACAUCCGAUAUCGGUAUAAUGUGAAAACCCACAAAGGUGGCGCCAUCUGUCAUAAGUCAUAACUCAUAACCUUUGAGUGUGCCUCCUCAUUGUCGAAGUACAAUACGGAGAGGGAGGCGAUUAUGGGGUAAUCAACGUACUUUACCGAAUUGCUACCAGACCUGGUAAUGUUGA